AUGAUCCUCUUACUUUGCGCUGUCCUCAUCUGUGUUCCGUUUGUUCGGGCUUCACCUCCGGGUCUCAACGAUACCUGUAUCCUUACGCUCGAUGCCAAUGGCAGCAACUCUCCAUCCUGCAACACCAGAACCUUGUGGGACAUUCUCUCGAGCUGUGGCUUAACUUUGUUUGCGUGCACAUGGACUGCCAUCCUUCCAAACAUUCCACAUACGCAUGCGACAAGAUUUUCCAUUAACCUUCAUCGUCUACUCCUCAUGGUUGUUGCGUUGAUCGCCCCUGAAGUCAUACUCGCCUGGGCCGCAUGGCAGUUUUUAUGUGCUCGUCGAGUUUGCCAGGAUUCACACCCAAAAUGGACAUUAACACAUGGAUUCUUCACGUGGAUGGGUGGAUUCAUGCUCUACAUCGAUGGUUUUCCACGAGCUACUCUUGCGCCCGAUGAACUCAUAUCGUUUAUUCGUGAGGGAGCUGUAGAUAUUCCUGACAUCACAGAGGCAGAUAUUAUGGAUCAAAGUAAGGGUGAUGUCGCCACCCUUCAGCUGGUGUGGUUCACCAUCCAGCUCUUCGCCCGUUACAUUCAGAAGCUCCCGGUAACACUGCUUGAGAUUGACACCCUGGCUGUAGUCGCUCUGACCUUCGCUACCCAUUGCUGUUGGUGGAAUAAGCCUCAGAACAUAGGACGUCCUUAUAUUGUUCAUUGGAAGAACUCAACUGCUCCUCCACUACAUGACACGUUCGCCGUUGAGUACGUCAUUGCCACCAAUAUUCAGAACUUGUUCUGA